GCCCCCACCAACGCAACAGACGCUCUAGCAGGAGGCAGGCAAGCUGCUCUCUGACAUCAUUCACAGCACAGACACCGAGCUGCACAAACCUAAAAGAAAACACCGCAGAUACACACAUCACCUACUUUUAGAUCGGAACUCACUCGGAUCAUCUCAGAGGACUCUUUUUUUUGUAAUCUUCUGGGGUCUACCAGCUUGACGAUGGUUUUGUGCGACGAUGGAGAGUGCAGCGUCUGCCUCUUGCCAUAUUCCCGCAUGGACAAGAUCCCACGAGUGCUUCACUGCAGGCACACUUUCUGUGACCCGUGCCUGGACACCAUGUCGCGGGUCAGGAGCGGGCUCCUCACUGUGCCCUGCCCUCUGUGUCGCAGGGUGACCUGCGUGGGCCGAGGACUCAGCCUCCAGGAAGCCCUGUGGGUCAACAACAAGCUCUGGGAGCAGAUCCAGGAGGACGUGGAGUCAGCGGCAUUGGAGGAGGAUGAACAGAGGCAUAGAGCCGAGGAGGGGAGGAUGGAGGCGAAACUACAGCCCUCAUCACAUGCACAACGCAUCUCCUACAGGUCUGGCACCACUAAGUUCAAGCUGUUCUUCAGGAGGUUCAGCCUGACCAGGCAGCACCAGGAAAGGAUCAUCCCCGGUAGCAAUGUGGAAAUGAAAUCAUGGCGCAGACUUUCAGCUCACGAGACAAGAGGAUGAAGAGCAGCAGCCCACGGGAUUGUCUGAAAUCGCUGAACGACCAGACUGAACUAUGACGGUGUAAGGAAAGUUGGGUCAGUUGAUCGGUGCCCUCUCCCCCGUGUAUUUGCUAGGAUUAAUCCUUCCAGCUGGUGCUGUGGGAUUUAGUUCAGCUGUCUCCGUGGGGCUAACACCCCGAGACCCCCUCAGAACAGAUGGUGUCCUCCUCUUCACCACCUAACAAUGCACUUAUGCUUUAUUUAUGACGGCUCUAAUUCUACUCUUUUUGAAAAUCUGUUUUUACUUUUUAAAUGUAAUUCUCAUCUCACUGGGCAGCUUAAGGUGACGACUUGCCUACUUCAUGUUGUUGAUGACAAGAAAACGUUUAAAUAACUGUAAAAAGUGAAGCCAGUUGGGGGGGGGGGUCUAAGUAUGAUAAUGUGAAGAUCACAUCUGUGGACCGGGCAGAAAACAAAAACUUGCCACAAAAAGCUUCAGUCAGCCAUGAAAGUGGAUUAUAAUCUCCAUUUAUCAAGCAUCUGGCAAAUAUCCUACGUUGAGCUGUAUCAGAAAACGGGAUCAUCGCUUUCAAACAAAAGACUUCUGUUUUGUUUUCUUGAUCUAAAAGAAAAAAAACGGUUGUGAGAGAUUUAAUUCCUGCUCCAAAGCCAUGUUUGAACAUGAAUGUGAGGAGUCUGUUGUUUUAAUGAGUCCGUUAGUUGUCCCGCUGGUUUGGUGAACAUCGGAAAGCCUCCUUCCCAAACACUCCCACAGUCCGAUGUGGUACCGUACUGGUAGACGGGAAACAAGGGUCACUCGUGUUAAUCUGAACUGACAAAGUAAUGAUUAAAAAUCCAACAUUGCUUUUCAAUUGUGGCUCAUAAUAAUAAUAAUAAUAAUAAUAAUAAUAAUAAUAAGCCCUGGACCAAAGAAUGGUGGAACAUUUUACUUAACAUUACGUUGCUCAACCUUUUGAGGCAAUCAGGGAUUUCUGCACCUGUCCACAGGUAUUCAGAUCCACUCCUCGUGAGCAAACUGCUCCCGCUGUCGCAGGGUUCCUUCUCCAGAUGUUCAACAGGAACAUCUGCCAGGUUCGCAGAGGGACGCUUGAGAGUGGUCUAGUGUUUGGUCCUGAUCCCGCCUGAGGAAUCGUGACUGGGAACUGAGACCACUGGGAACACGGGGCUGAACACUGGUCCCUGAGCAGAUCCUGCAUCAGAUGCAGCCCCAGAGCAGAAGUGAACCUCUUGAAUGUUUCCCAGCGGGUCUUUUAACUCUCAUCUUCAGGUUUGUGCCUGUCAACAUUGAGCUGGUGUGAUUGACCAGGAAGCUUCAGCUUUGGAAGUUUCUAUUUUUCCAAAGGACCUGCUCCCAGAAGCUUUGUGGGUUAACCUGCACUUAGGUGGAUGUGUUUGUUUUCAGCGUUGGUGUCCACUUCUGCUGCGCAUGAUAAUUGUUUUUUAAUCUUCCAAGACGACUCUGUCCGGUGCUUUCUGUGGUCCACGCCCAAUGUAGAACACACCCUGAUACCAAACAGCACUGUGACUACUUUUCACCCUUCUAACAGGCAGACUGAUUACAAGACUGAAGACACCUGUGAUGCUGAUUACAGGACACACCUUAGUUUCACACAGUUUUUGUUUCUAGGGUAAACAUGUUUUUGUCCAGAUCAGUUUGAUUGUUUAUUAUCAUUGUUAUUAUUAUUAUUAUCAACUCAACAAUGUCUGACUGCCAUGAGUUAUUUUUCUUACAUAAAAUUUCUGUUCUGUUCA